AUGGUACGCGCCGCGAUUUUUGCUCGAGGCUUACCCGCUGCCCUCUUUCUCGCAUUUAGGAUGAGCAGCGCUAUUCACGAGCCCCAGGUCCCGCGAGGAGCCAACGUCACUGCUAGCUUGCCUCCGCCUGUCCACCCACGAAGCACCACGCAAGAAGUCUGCGAGGCCAGGACGAUCAACUACAUCACACAUGCCUUGCCCCAGUCCUGCCUCACGAGCUCCUGGACGAGUCCAGCCCCUACGUCUACCGCAUCCGCAGUCCCACAACAUGCAAGGGACGACGGGUCAUAUCAUGGAACCGAAUCCCGGCCACCACCGCCUCCGACGCCAACAUGCAAUCACAAUGCUACCGAAGUGCAGCUCACGGAACCAGCGGCGACCACGUUUAUGUCCUUUGAGGACUGGAAGGAAAUGAUGCUCCGGCGGGCUGGGCAAGAUCCUCAGGACCUCCGGUCUCGAAAACCGAGCGAGCACAGCACCGACGACAGAUACUCACCGGAGUCUGGUCACGCAGGGCUUGGGGAAGAGGGCGAGAUAUCCCUCAACUUUGACGACUAUGGCGACGGAGACCAUAAAAAAACUGUGUCUACGGGAUUCCCUCGCGGUGACGGUGUUGACGAGCAACUCGCGGGCGAUGCGUUGCAGCAUGAGGAAGGAAAUGCAGCUACUGUGCAUCUGAGUAAGGAUGCGGGUAAAACCUGCAAAGAGCGAUUCUCUUACUCGUCUUUUGACGCUGGCGCGACCAUAUUAAAGACCUCGCCGGGAGCUAAGAACGCCAGAGCCAUCUUGGUCGAAAACAAGGACACGUACAUGCUUCUGGAGUGCGACGCCGCUUCAAAAUACGUCAUUGUCGAGCUAAGCGACGACAUUUCUGUGGACACGGUUGUUUUGGCCAACUUCGAGUUCUUUUCAAGCAUGGUACGACAUUUUCGCGUCAGUGUAAGCGACCGAUAUCCCGUGAAGAUGGACAAAUGGCGUGAGCUCGGGACGUUUGAGGCGCGCAACUCUCGUGACAUCCAGCCGUUCUUGGUUCAAAAUCCACAGAUUUGGGCCAAGUAUGUCAGAAUCGAGUUCUUAACCCAUUUUGGCAAUGAAUAUUAUUGUCCCAUCUCAUUGAUACGAAUUCAUGGUUCCCGCAUGCUCGAUUCAUGGAAAGAUAGCGAGGGUGCCCGAGACGAAGAGGCAUUGAUUGAUGAUGGCGACGAAUCCGGUGGGGCUGACACUCAUCAAGGCGAAGAGGAUAGAUCUGAUGUCGUUGCAUCGGGCGAUGUCCACGCUCAUGUGGCGACGUCGAAUUCCACAAGUGCACAGAGCUUGAGCUACGCCUUGGACAUUUUCACAUACAUGAAUGCUACCUGCCCCGCGUCAUCUUCCAUGGGAGGUAACUAUCCAGUCGCGGGUCCGAAGCUGUCGUCAGGCGGCCUUGGGACAUCCCAAGAACAUGCUGUGGUCCCCAGUGAAGCAUCACAGGCUCGCUCCGCAUCUCUGGAGAAGUCAGGCAAUUCAUCGAUGGUACAAGCAGAAACUGUUUUGGUCACGGCAUCCACAAAUUAUUCGGCCCCUCGGUCCACGUCACAGGAUGACCGCAUGCGCAACAACACCGGGGUUCCAAACGGAACUGCUCCAAAUGUCAACACAACGACCGUGGACCGCGAACAUAAUGCCACGACCUCGACAGCGAAGGUUUCGGCAUCGAGUGGCCAUAAUGGUAAACCACGAAUCAGCGGUACCACAGGGGCUUCGGCCGCGUCUCCGACCAUGCAGGAGGGCUUUUUCAACGCCAUCACAAAGCGACUUCAACAUGUCGAGUCGAAUCUGACUCUCUCCAUGAAGUAUGUCGAGGAUCAAUCCAAACAUAUACAGGAAGCUUUGCAGUCGCGAGAGUACAUGCAGCGUGCAAAAAUCAGCUACUAUCUAGAUGAAUUGAACAAAACGGUGCUUGCAGAGCUCCGUACUGUUCGCGAGCAGUACGAUCAAAUAUGGCAAUCUACAGUCCUAGCUUUAGAGAGCCAACGGGAUCGCUCAGAGCGAGACAUGAUGGCCCUUAGCUCAAGACUUAACCUUCUUGCAGAUGAAGUGGUAUUCCAGAAGCGAAUGGCCAUUAUUCAAGCCAUUAUCCUGUUGUCAUGCCUAUUUCUCAUUAUAUUUUCACGGGGAGUUUCACUUCCAUCUUUUGCGCCAUUGCUAGAUCAACCCUCCAACUCUUCCAGUGCAACAUCAACGUCGCCAGGAACGUCACGGCAAUCCUCUUACCGGCUGAGUAAGGGGCACCAUAGAGAAGGAGAGUCAUCCUUUAAACCGCCUGAUCCUUCACGUCAAGCACAGGUGCGCUGUCCUGAUGAGGCUCGUAGCGACUCCUCUGCUCAGGCACCACCAUUUGAGGCAGUGCCGUUCCAUAGCAAAGAUGAAGCAGAAGACGAAUGCUCUGUAUUUCAGCGUCUGUCGCCACCGCCUACUCCCAGUCUUCUGGGCGAAGUUUCUUUGUCAUCUGGCUCUAUUCCUGUGGCUGGGUCAAAUCAUGCUCUUCCACAAUCCCUGGGAGGGACAUCACGCAUCAGCUCUAGAAAGCCCCUGCCAUCACUGCCGGAGCAUCCACGUUCAUUAGAUGAGGAUGAGUCAUGA